AUGGCAUGGCAGUACUCCAAGUGGAAAAAGCACGCAAUGGAUGUAUCCCGCAUGGCAAUGUCUACUACAUCCAGCUUCGUGUCUCAGCAUAGCAUGGCAAUACUCCAAAGUGGAAGGGCACACAAUGGACGUAUCCCACAUGGCAAUGUACCUCGCAGAAAAGGGCAUGCACAGGUCACACCCCGCAUAGAGAUGUACCUCGCGGGAUACUCAUCGAAGGUCAGAGAAGAUGCGCGAGGGUUUUGUCCUGUUCUGCACUGCUCUGUUACGCGCCUAUGUGAAUUUCAUGAGAUGGAAAAGGCUCAAAAGUUGUUUAAAAAUAUGCUAAGCAAAGGCUGCUCCCCAGAUGUUGUUACCUACAACACUCUGAUUGAUGGUUUAUGUCACAGUGACAGGGAAAUAGAAGCAUUUACACUUAUUUCUGAGAUGGAAAAUAGGGGACAUCUUCCUGAUGUAAUUACAUAUAAUACGCUAAUUUCUGCAUUCUGUAGAACGGGAGAAAUGAACAUGGUAGGAAAGAUUUUAGAGGAGAUGGCGACGAGGGAUUUGAAACUUGAUGAAGUGACAUACACCAAAGUCAUUGAUGGCCUGUGCAAGGCAGGAGAUUUUUCUAGAGCACUUUCGUUCUUUAAUAAGAUGCUAGAUGAAGGCUCGACUCCUAAUGAAAACAAACUUGACAUGGCUCUCUCGAUGCUGAAUGAGAUGAGAACAAAAGAUUUAGUUCCAAAUGUUGUAACAUACAAUAAAUUAUUACGCACCUUCCGUGAAAGACAUGACCUUGAAAAAACGUUUUGGGUGAUGGAUCAAAUGAAGAAAGAAGGUUGUGCUCCAAGUGAUGCAACUGUCCGGAUACUUGACUGGCUGGUUAAAGUUGGUCAAAAGCAAAAAUUAAGUUUGAGUGAGUCCUUUCAUAUUACAUGCUAUCCUCUUCCUCUUCCUUUGAGAUGUGAACUUUCUGAAUAUGGCCGCUUUCUGAAUGAGGAUGUUUAA